CUGCGAGCUGUCUCUGUAUCCUCUCUGUCUGCUUCGUAUCUUCCAAGAAUUAUGACUCUGGUACAGCCCACCCCCGACCAGCAGGUGUUCAUCCGGACCGAACUCAACGAAGACGUCUCUACGAGGGACAAAGAUCUAGAGCACAUCAAGGACUGGCUUAAGAGGCAGCCUCACCUACCAGCCUUCGAUGAUGAUCAACGGAUCAUGACCUUUCUUCGAGGAUGCAAAUUCUCCCUCGAAAAGACCAAAAGGAAGUUGGACAUGUACUUCACGAUGAGAGCCGCAGUUCCGGAGUUCUUCGCCAACAGAGAUCCGACCAGAGCCGAAAUUAAAGAAGUUUUUGAAAUUUUCCAUUUUCCUCCACUACCCAAGUUGCCACCCAAUGGCCGAAGGGUGAUCGUGAUGCGAGCUCUGGAGCCAACAAAGAAUGAGAUCCCCAGCGUCACAGAAGCUAUGAAGGCUGUCCUCAUGAUUGGAGAUAUCAGGUUGAAAGAAGAAUUGACUGGAGUUGCAGGCGAUAUCUACAUCCUAGAUGCUUCCAUAGCUACACCCGCUCACUACGCUGCUCAUUACUCCAAGUUUACUCCGACCCUCAUCAAGAAGUUCCUCAUCUGUGUUCAGGAAGCUUAUCCAGUCAAGCUGAAAGAAGUACAUGUCAUCAAUGUUUCACCGAUUGUGGAUACCAUCAUCAACUUCGUCAAGCCAUUCUUGAAAGAAAAAAUAAAGAAUCGAAUUCAUGUUCACCCAAAUCUGGAAUCAUUGCAUAAGCAAGUUCCCAAAGAAGUCUUACCUGAAGAGUAUGGUGGUAGCUCAGGAACCAUUUCAGAAAUAAGCCAGACAUGGUAUGAUAAAAUGCUUCUUUAUCGUGAUUGGUUCCUUGAACAAGACAGUGUAAAAGCUGAUGAAGCAAAACGACCUGGAAAACCAAAAACCUAUGAUGAUUUAUUCGGAAUGGAAGGAUCUUUCAAGCAGCUUUCAAUCGAUUGACUAUUUAGCUUUAUUAGAUCACUCAUUGUACAUGGAAAAUUUUAUUAUCUGAUGCUAUUAAGUUUUUUUAUCUUUUGAAAUCUAUAUACUCUAUUUUAUUAUUACUUCUUAUUGUUAAUUUAAGAUAUAUUUCAUUUAAAUAGUUUAUUCAUGAGUGGAAUUGUAGAAGGAACAAAAGGUGAAAUGAUUAUUUGGUAAGCUAUUUUUCAAAAUUGGUGUAAUGAAAUGCAGUUGAAUAAUAAUUAUCAAAAUUGAAAGUGUAUUGAAAAAAAAAAUAUUCCUCAUUAUUUCUAUGUUUAUUUUUGGCACAGAUGUGUAUUUAGUACAUAUUAAUCACUAGGUUUUUUUUAAAUUGAAACAUUUUUUCAUGGCUAUUUCAUUGAUGAAAAAAAAUUAAUCGUUCAUUGUAUAUACAAUAUUUUUUUUAUUGUAUGCUAAUUAGUUAUCUAAUUGCUGAUGUGUUUCCCCUUAAUGUGUUCAGUACCAUUAUCUUUUGGUUCAUCUGGUUCGAG